CAGGUUUGUUAUCAGGCUGAACCAUAGGAGGCGCUCAAGCACUUGUUUAACACAAGAGAGAAAAUUAAGAAUCAAGUUAAGACGGGGAAAAGAGGCAGAGCAGGCUGUACCUUUCUGAACAAAAUGAAUUAGGCUUCCUUCAUCUGUGGUUUGUCUUGAUUAAAAUUCCACUACAGCCUAUUCAGCUGAAACUUAUUGCAGGAUGAGGACAAAGACAGUGAUUAAGUUCUCCACAUAUUCCAACCGUUUAUCCUACCAAAUGCAGAAAAAUUCCACAUAGAUGAGAGAAACUCCCAGUAGUAAGGACUCAACAAUAUGAAGGAGCCAUGGCUUGUUUGCUUGUUGGCACUGUUGCUGAAACAUUUGUGUCUGGGAGUAGUAGCAAAUACUGAAAGCACAGAUACAAAUACACAACCAGUUGUCACCACUUUGUUAAAUGAAUUAGAGGUCGAUACUGCUUUAAGUAAUUAUACUGAGAUACCUUUUACCUCCUCAAAAGACUCUUCUAAACAAACACUCCUUCAAACAAGUUUGCUACCUUCCACUUCAUCCACACAAACUCCAGUUCUCCGGCAGUCAACAACGAAAGAUUUUUCUUCAGUAAUUACCAAGUUAGUUCAGCAGCCUAUUUCGACAGUUAUUACAAAACCAUUGCCAACUCGUCCAAAAUCAAUUUCUCUUACAACUGAACCACCGAAAGGAAGAAAGAAAAAAAAAGGUUUUAUUUUACUGAUAGUGUUGAUCAUUUUAUGUGGAUUGUUUUUCAUCUUUGCUUGUGUCAUACCCUACCUCAAGAAAAGAAUUAAGUUGAGUAAACUGCGACAUCAUCUCGUGCCAGUCUAUAGUUUUGAACCCGGAGAAGGUGAGGAUUGGGAGACGGAGCUUUUAACGGAACACAGGAACAAAGAUGGUCAACAGACAGGGGAUAGCACAGCACGAGCAACUAUUGUACGAGAAGUUCCAAAGUUACGACUAGCAUCAGAUGCCUCUGACUCCGUUUGAGAAAGGUGCCUUGUACACACUCUGAACAAGUAUGACUCCUGGAUUAUCUGAGCAUCUACAGGGCAUUGUUUGAGCAAAGGUGUGUCAUGUGCUGUAUGAGCAAAGAUACCAUAAAUUGUCUGAGCAGAGAGGCCUUUUAAACUCUCUAAGCAAUGAUGUCUCCAAAUCAUUCACUAUCUAAGCAAAGACAUUUCUUAAUUGUUGGAGACAUCUCACACAUUGUCUGAGCAAAGAAGCCUCCUACACUGCCUGAGCAAAAUGCCUGUUUUUCUGCCUGAGCAAUGAUGCCUUCUAUUCCUACACUGAAUGAGCAAACAAAAUGAGGGUUAUACUUCAUGUGAGCAACUUAAAUGUUGCUGGCUGAGCAGUUGUUGCUAGACAACUUGUGUUGAUAAACACUUUGCAUGUGGAUCAGAAGUUUUCAAUUUUAAGACUAUGAAUCUGAGCUUUAUUAAUGAAUUGACUGAUGUGAAUUUCUAUAGCCUUAUGGUAGUCUUGAGACUCAAGAAUUGAAAAAAAUGACACACUUUGGAUUUGCUGUCUGCAAUUGCUAGACAUAUGAAAAGCGGUGAACACGCUUUGAAAACAUUCAGUCUGUAAAAGUAUCUCUCGGAGGUAAAAUUACACUGAAUAGCUACAACCGUUGUGGAAAUGUAGUCUUUAUUGUUAUCUUGGAAGUCGUAACUGUGUUUAAAGUUCCAGUUCUGUUCAUUUUUAUUUAUGUGUAUACUGUAUAAACUGCAAAAUUUAAGUUUUACAUAAUAUAUGCAUUCCAAAUUAAAUUAUAUAUAUAUAUUCAUUUUUAUCAUUAAACAAUAUUAUUUCAUAUUUAUAGGAAAUUAGUUUUCUUAAUUAUCACUUGUUAUAUUGAUUUAUUUAUUUUUGUAAUAUAAAAGAGCCACAUUCCAUGAAAAUGACUAAGUUUGUUCAUCUUGAUAUUUGAGAUGCUGUUUUUUGAGUUAUUCAGUAAUAUCAAGUGUAGGGUCUGGUGCAAAUCAUUCUGGGAAUGACACAUCUUUAUUGGAAUAUAUAACCAUGAAUUUGAAACAAAAGAUUUAAUAUCUAAGUAGCUUUCAGUAAUUAUACAAAUACUACCAUACCUUUGUAUUUUCCAGGUCAUUAGAUUGACUGCUGAUCAAUGUGAGGGUUUUGUCUGUAAAUCAGCAGAACUUCUGAUGCUCUGAAUGAGCUUUUAAAUGUUUUAAUUGAAGUUUGUAAGGUUUUGCAGAGUUAGUGACCUUAAACUCUGUCCACACAAUCAAAUUUUAUGUGACCAGUAAAUGUAAUAUGUCCAUAUUUGGGUGUAAUAUGACAUCAUCAUGCCCAUAUAUGGGCACAUCACACAUAAUUUGCACAUUAGAUUUGAUAGUUGGACAGACUUUUACAGUUCCCUGAACAUUGAUUAUGUCUUUUCUUUUCAUGAAUUUUACUGUGUGUUUGAUUGAAUUAAAAUAGCUAGAAACUUUAAACCAUUUACAGUGCAUAAUUUCUAUAUUCUAUUAUACGUUUACUCAUAUAUUUUUAUAUUAUUUAUUGCUAUUCUUUAAUCUUGUUUACAUUCAUUAUAAUCUAUACAUUCAUAUUAUGUAUCUGCUACAAUCUAUGUAUGCAAUAAUGUGCAUUUUGUAUAAGGUAUAUUGCUUGUGACUACUGUAAUGUGUACUUAGAAUUACUGGCAUCCGGGAUUUUACUCAACUAAUUAACAUAUUUUGACAAAAAACUGUUGUAUGCCCAUAUAUAGUCAUGAUGUGCCUAUAUUUAGCCAUGGUGUGAUGUCAUCAUGACAAUAUUCAGGGGCAGAUAUAGGGUUGGGAUGGUGAGCAGCCCUGCUCCCCCCUCCCUUCCCACCCUCUUUUAGAAAGUAAAAAAAAAAGAGAAAGAAAGAAAAUGAAUUUAUUGAUCGCUCAAAACACCUCAGACGGUAUAUCCCAGGCAUCUAGAAAACAAAAAUAUCCUUUCAAGGACAUUUGUCCCCUUUUGGACAUCUCUGGAUCCGCCCGGAUAUUAAGGCAUGUCACAUGUUUUGUCAAAUAUAAUUUGAUAGUCUGGACAGGCCUUAAUAAAGCAUGUACAAAGUAUAUACAAUGAGUAAUGCAGAAUAUCCGUAUGUGAUUUAAUAUGUACUGUACUGUAUCUGGUUGAUGUAUUAAUGUAUGCAAGGGUUACAUGUUAACAGGAUAGAAGUCAAUUUCUGUAUAAUUGUUAGAUUAUGGAGAAAAAAAUUCUGUGGUUGUCCAUUGUUUCUUGAUUCUUAAGGAUUUAACAGUAUUUAAUCAACAAUUAUGACAUUAUAAUUUGAAUAAACAAUGUAUAAUCUGGAAAAGAACAAAAA